AUGAGCAAAAGAAAGACAGGCAAGGGCCCCAGGGCACAAAGAGUAUCCGAAAAUGAUUCCUAUCAUGCUCCUGUAAGCCUUGUCCAAAAAGAACGGGGAAAUGUGGACAAAAUCUGCCCAUUUGAUGCUUCUGCCUUUUUGGGUCUGUUGGACGAUGAUGACAGCGACAAAAUCCCUGAUGAUGAGGAGGAUAACAAGAAGCCGCACAGUCAGAAAGCAAACUGGGAUUCCUACUAUGUCAGUAGUUAUCCUGUCCCACAAGAACAAGCGAAAAUGGUCCAAUCUUGCCCAUUUUCAGCAGCCUUCUUGGGUUUUCCUGAUGAUGCUCGCGGUCCCAUCAACACAGUUUUUGAUGAUGACCGUGACAUGGCAACUGAAAAGGCCUCCAGCACAAGCGCACUAUCCACUCCAAUGGUGGUUCUCCAAGAUGCUGAGGAGGAUAUCCCUUUCCAGAAGCCUGAUAAAAUGGCCCAACAGCUUUUCUCAUUUUUUACAUUUGGUGGCAAGAAUGGAAUCGAUGACAGACAUGAGGCCCCUCUUUGGAAGCAUGGAAGCCCCGCAACGCCUUGCAAGGUAUCAAGGCUUGCUGAGACGGCCGGACCUUGGGUGCAUGUGGCCCUUUUGUGGCUCAUAAUAUGUUCUACCAAUUGGAUGCCCUCUCCUGCGCCGACUCCUUGCAACAAUCCAACUCUUGGCAAGGACCUAUUGCAAAGCAAUGGCAAUUGGUUCCUUCAUCCUCCUGCAAUUCACCACUUAUCUGCAGCUUCACGGCACUUCUUGGCCCUAUCAGAAGAUGCAAUAGGUAUGGGAGAGGACCAUACGGCCCAAUUUGGUGGUCUGAUGGACGAAAAAAAUCUGAGUAUGUUGGUCGUCAUCCCGAAUGUAAAUAGUCAUGCAAGACAAAGGCCAGCACCUUCAAGGGUGAAGGAUAGUCAUUCGAAAGUGAUUCUUAGGUUGAUUGCAAUGUGUAGCUGCAUUCGCAUGGCUGUCAAUCCUGCAAAGCAGGCUGCUGGCAAUUGCGGUGUGGCAGAGUUACAUGGCCAACGCAUUAUGUGA